AGGGAUCGACCCAGUUUCCAGCUACAUGCUACAUUGUUGCUUACAAGAAUAGAAAUUGGGAAUGAUAGUGGACCUGGUCAGUGCUGCACGUCAAGCAAACUGGGAAAAUGCUCGCGAUUUGCUAUAUCGUCACUGGGGCUCCGAAUGUCCAAAGCUGUAUGCCCCGAAUCCAGAACAUCCUUGGGAAGUUGCACAGGACGACAAGGACAUAAACAAAGCUCUAUUUGUGCCAUUGGCGGGUGCGUUCUGUGCGGAUUCUGCUGUAACGGAUUCUUCGCUUCGCCCUUUGAUAGAACAAACGGGACUUUCAGCCGAAACUCGACGGCCUGGUCAAAUAUGUGGCCAUGUUUUCAAAACUGGAGAGCUUACUUAUAGCUGCAAAGACUGCGCGACUGAUGCCACCUGUGUUAUGUGCCAUGCCUGUUUUCAUCUAUCGGAGCACAAGUCUCAUAAAUACAGUAUCCAUACUUCAUCUGGUGCGGGAUAUUGUGAUUGCGGGGACGAAGAUGCCUGGACUAGCGGAUAUGUUUGCAAAACUCACGAAAGGAGAGAAGAAGAGUCAGGCACUGUGCAAUUUUCCCUUCCUGAAAACUUGGAAACUCGACUUCGAGGGUUGACACGUCUUAUCCUCCAAUAUUCUACGAAGCUGAUAUGUUGGGAAAAAACAGAUAUGCUGCCUUUGAAUCUAACGCAACCUCCCGCAGAAAGACUCGAAGUAACUAGUAUAGCUCCAUAUGUUACGGUUUUAUAUAAUGACGAAACGCAUACUUACGAAACGGUUAUUCGUGCCCUGGAAAUGUUCAUCAAUUGCACGAAGGAUCAAGCAAUGUUGAUAGCCACAAUAGUGGAUCGUGAAGGUCGUAGUGCGGUCAAAGUUGGAGCGAAACAAGAUUGUGAAAGAGUGAAAACCGAUAUACAGCGGCGAACGCUCAGGGACAUGAAUCGAAGGACAGAAAAAGCGGGUCCAUUGGAUGUCAAAGUAUUAGACGGAGCUCUUGUUGCGCAUCAAAAUCAUGCCAUUGCAUUACUUGCUUGGCUCAACUCACAAAUAGAUGCAUUUCCCAUACUUGGUUCCAUUGUUGGCGAUGUUUUGCUCAACACAGUGAUUGAACGAGAUGAAGAUGACUUCUCUAGUCAGGAAACAAUACUCGUUCGUCUUUUGCGGUUUGACAAGAAAAUGUGGAAGUCUGCACGCGCGAAUACCCACCAAAUGUUGAUGAAGACCGUCCUCAUGAACUUUGAUCAGAAAGUGGUGUUUUCCAAAACGUUCCUUGCGCAUUAUGAGGACAUCUACAAGGAGUUCAUCGAUGAUGAUCACGACCUUGACAUAUCCAUCGUUAGUCUCACUGUGCAAUUCUUGACAGUGCCUAGCAUAGCAAGGCGAUUGAUAGCUGAAGACGAUGCCAUGCGCACGAUAUUUUCUGCACUCAUAAAACAUACCGAAGAUUUUGCCAAAGAUCCUAAAGAUCAAAUGUCGCGAUUCGACUUUGCUAAGCAUUCAUUCCCAGUUACGGUUAGAAGAGGAAUGCACAUGAUGCGAGAUCUUGGGUAUAUCUUAACAUGCGUUCCAUCACCUAACGAUUGGAACGAUCAGUUACGGGCACGAUUUUUAGACGGAUGCCAGUCGCUUAUCAAAUUUUUGCAUAGAAUGCAGGGAAUGGACGAAGUGAAGCGGCAGUCAGUAGAACAUCAGGUGUGGGAACUGGAAUGGGAAACGGCAUUUAACAUUCAGCUUCGAAUACAGGACAUUCUUGGCUAUGUGAUAGCUUGGGCUGCAGCCGAUAGAGACACACAUCGCCGACUAUUACUGCAGUGUCUGGAUGCGUUGAAUUUACACCCGCCAUCAUCUUUGGAAGAACCCGCUGGAGCCACUCAUACAGUUGUCGAUGUGAAUGGAGAAUCUACUGUCGUAAUUCCAUUUGACGUGCUUCGCGGAGCUGUUUCUAUACACCAACCACUUUGGAGGCUGACUGCUGGUCUUUUCACGGCCAGCGAAGAGCAGCUCCGUUUCUUAGUGUCUACGAAUGUCUCCUCCUUGUCAGAUGAAGAAAUCUCGAUAAGGCAGCAAAUGAGGAAGAUGGCGAGUACGCUGUAUGAAAUGCCACUAAGAGCACUCGUUUUGUGCGCGCAAGCCUCGGCUCAGUUAUGGCGGCGCAAUGGUUUUUCAUUGGUGAAUCAGAUACACAACUAUUACUCUCCGCUUUGUCGUGCAGAGAUGUUUGAUCGCGAUCUGCUGAUGAUGCAGGUUGGUGCUGCUAUCCGCCCUCCCACCGAUUUCCUAUUGCACAUCAUAUGCCGCUUCCGUCUGAUUCAAUGGGCUGAUCAAUCCGGAGAUGGUGGCUCAAAGCACUCGACGCCUUUCGGAAAGAUGGAGCCGGAAGAAACUGGAAAAAUCAUUGUGAUCUUAGCUGAAGAAAUGUUGCACCUGCUGAUAAUGAUUAUUGGUGAGCGCUAUCACCCAGGUGUUGGAAAAUGCACGUAUUCUGAGCAAGUGCAGCGAGAAGUUGUGCAUGUUUUAUGCACUGGUCCACAGCCUUUCAGUCACAUCCAAAAACGCAUGUCCCACGACCCCAUGAUUGAGCGUAUCUCUUUGCACGAGAUUGUCAAUAGUGUUGCCAACUUCAAAAAGUUGCAAGCAUGUCCACCACCAGUGCCCUGCGAAUUCGAGCCUUUCUUCGCUCCAGCUAGGAAUCUUCUCAAAACUCCAUGUCUUAUCAAAAUACUGAAACUCGUUUUGGACAGAACUGGAAAGCGUAGCCGAUUUUCGAGCGACCGCUUGUUGCAUAGGGCUCUUUAUCUCAUCGGAAUGGCUCUUCAUGAACAAGCACGCGAUUCGAAAGCAUUUCUUUUCACCGAAGUGGCUGAGAAAGAAGAGUUGCUGCGGUCAUUGGAGGCGCUGUCCGGAUCCGCUGAAGUUGCCACGCAUGCAGACUUGCUAUGGUGGACAAUUCAGAAGUUUAAAGAAGUGCAACUCCUAUCGAAGACUGGGAAGACAUCUGAAAAGCCGAAGGAAAGCGUUGAAAGUCAUGAGAGCGUCGACGAUGCUAGAGCAAAGAGAGCUGCGCGAGCAGCAAAAAUGCGCGAACAAGCAAUGAUGAAGAUGUCGAAAAUGCAGAAAUCUUUCUUGAAAGUAAUGGAGACGGAAAAUCCUUCUAUCACGGAACAAGUAGGUACUGGCGGGGUUGCAUCCGAACUUCGUGGUGAUGAUGACGAAGAUUUUGUUAGCAAACAACAAGAUCACGGCUUCCCAGUAUGUCUUGGACCGCAAAAAAGUAGCGUUGAUGUAGUUUUGCCUCGCAAAGUCACGUGCAUACUAUGUCAAGAAGAAGAAACUCUCAGUCCUAGCAAUGGAAAGGCUUUCGUUUGUGCUGCUUAUGUGCAAAAGUCGAGACUUUUUGCACAACAAGGUGAGCCAGAAACAGAUGCUAAGCUUCGAGAUUUGGCACCCGCCAAUCUACUCGUUGGAAUCGACGCAUCCACAUGCUCGCAUACCAUGCACUAUGAGUGUUUUCACAGUUUGUCCGAGACUCUUCUGAGCAGAGAACGCCAGAGGCCACGCCAACAGAUGGUCUUCAAUCAAAAAAUGGUGGACCCAGAGGUUGGUGAGUACCUUUGUCCUCUUUGCAAACGUCUUUCAAACACCGCCAUGCCAUUGCUGCCUGCUUUACAACUAAUGGAUAUCGAUGGUUUCUCGACUGCUCGUGGUGAUGAUGUAGAAGAUUUUGAUAGUUGGGUUGGAAGAGUGAAAGCUCUUCUCGAUACGCCUCCAGUGCGACAAACUCCUACUCAGAAGCCAAAGUCGCACAGCAGGAAAAGGUCUCAUUCUGAACGCUCACUCUUGGAACUUGCCAAACAAGGAGAUGAACUUUCCACGAUGCCUUUGGACAACUCACUUUCUACAUCCGUUCCAUCUGCGUCGACCAUGUCGUUGUUAUUAGGGCAAAAAUCUCCUACUCACAUUGUCUCCCCGACAGUGUCUACCGCUUCAUGUACUGCCAUGGAUAUAGAUGACGAAGAUCCACAGAAAGCUGUAGAUUUGUUCCGUGAAAUGACAGAAAUCAUGCGCGGUCAGGACUUGGAAGCCCGCACAGAGCUGGAACCGACAUCUCCUCCACCGCACGAGACGGCCACAUCGUCAGAUUUGGCAAAUAGACGUGAACGUCGCAGUGAUGGCACAUCGCGUUUCGGUUUCCUAGGAGGCAUCAUCAGGGGUUUGCCAGCUGCUGGAGUGGCAGUCUUGUUGAAGUUACUUAGAAAGAUUGUGGGACCAUCCUAUGAGCGAUAUGAGGAGAUGGUGAAAGUAUUCAGCAGCAUGCUGCUGCAUAAGGGAAGAUUGCGUGGACCGGAUGAUUCAAAGUCAAGGGAGAUUCAUGAUGAUGUACACAGUCCUCCAGCAGCCUUGGCUGUUUGGAAGAGCGCUGCACAUGUGGCAAGAACUACUGCUGCUGUGUUAUCCAACGAGAAUAAGCCGCUUUUCUGUGCCAUGAACACUCGUCAGCGUGAUUGCCUUCUGGCUAUGGCUCGUUUAUCAGCAGUGCUUUCUUUCUGUAUACAACUCCUUCCUGACUUCACCGCAAAUAUGCUACGCGUUUUGCUCGCGCCACCACCGCCAGUGACUGCAGCCGCCGCAGGUGCCGUUCCCGUCAGUCCUCGUUCGCCAGAUAAUGCAACAACGAGUCCGGUGCACAGUUUCACUAGUCCUUCGCCACUUUCAUCUUCUGCUGAUUCACCAGCAAAAUUGUUGUCGUCAACUUUUGCUCAAUUGUUUUCCAGCAAGAAAGAAGUCAACAUCAAUUUGCUUCAUGUAGAUAUGUUGAGCUUAGCUAUAUCACUGAUGAUGACAGUCGGCUGGACCUGGCAUGAUGGUGUGCAGUCAUUCAAACCAACUCGACAGUUGCGGGAGAUGUUGCCAGACGGUUCGCAGGAUGAACUUCAUGUUCUGAGACUUUGCUUGACUGGGCUUUACUUCCAGGUGUUCGUCACAUUCGAGGAUAGUGACAUGGCAGAUGCGCAAGAAGUUGCAAAAGUUGACGGAGCAGUCGCAACUCGUUUGAAAUUACUGUGGUCAAUAGCGAGACCCACUGACUCGGUUUUGGUGGAUGUUCCUAGAUUAUAUCAGACACUUACUGAAGCAACACUAUCGUUACUUCGUCCACUCGCUCUUUUCUAUCAUGCAUUGACAUUAGUCAAUCCACCUGAAGCUCUGAAAGAUCCCUCUGUCGAUGAAUUCGAACCACUUUGUCGAUACAUGGGACUUCCAUAUCAUCUAGCUGAAUUGAUAGAUGGUUUUGCUGUAGAACAAUUGUUCGACAUGUGGUCCGCUGCUACACCUCCCACUCCCCACUCGAUCGUUCGUCAACCAGUUCGCGCAACGCAGCUGGUAGAAUUACCGCAUGAUUUCAGUGAUGUUAUUCACAUGGCAUCGGCAUUCAGGUGCCCUUCUAUACCUCUGGAGGAGAACGCAGCUAACGUUCCUACAAUGUGCUUAGUAUGCGGCCAGAUACUCUGCUCUCAAAGUUAUUGUUGCCAAAAGCAGGUUGGAAAAGAAAGCACUGGUGCUUGUAGAUAUCACAUGAUACACUGCUCAGGUCCUAUGGGAGUAUUUCUCAGAAUACGUGAUUGUGCAGUUGUGCUGAUGACCACUCGCAAUCGUGGAUGUUUCCGUCCAGCACCAUAUGUUGACGAAUUUGGAGAAGCUGAUCAAGGAUUCAGAAGAGGAAAUCCACUGCAUUUGAACGAAGACUUAUACCAUAAGUUGCGUCAGCUUUGGCUGCAACAAGGGAUAUCUGAAGAAGUGGUCAACCAAUACGAAAUCGAUCACCGCAACAUGCAGUAUGAUUGGGGACAUUUCUAAAUACUAUCGAAUUAGAAAUUCUGUAACAUUCACCAUUCAUCUGUUUUUGUAGAUAUCGUUGUUUCCUGUAACUCUUCCUGUAAUUUCUACUAACAGAUCUGCUGUGAUUAGGUUUCCGUACGCGCCUCAGCUCGCGAAGAAAGAGCGUUUGUUCUGACAUGUUUGUUACAAAGUUUCUUUUCCUUACUACCACUCGUACGGUGCACUAACGAUAGUCAAAAGGCGCGUGCAUUUAUUAUUUCAUGCUAAGGUCGCGUAUAGAUUAUGGGUAAAAAAUUUAGGUUUACAGUAAACAAAUUUUUUCCACUAUUUACCCUCAUAAUACUUUGUUUUGACUUUUGGCGCUUUCUUGUGAAAACUUUCGAAAGGCAUAUAGUGCAGCUUGUGAUUCGAUGAUGAGUGCAGUUUUGUGAUUGUCAUCAUUUAUCAACUCUGUGGGUCACAUCUAAGUUCAAACAAUCAAAAUUAUUCUAGGAUCCCAUCUUUACUUGUAUAUACCAAAAAUAAUAAAGUUUGUCUUUUUGAAAAA